ACUCCGAAAAAAUAGUGGGGGGGAUAGUAUAUAAAUAAAUCUGUAGCAUUGAAAAACUCACAGUGGAUUAGAUAUUUCUGAAUUCAGCAAGAUGAUGUCACGUAGAUUGAUUUUGAAUUGUUCAAAAAUGCACUACCGGUAAGUAACAAGCCGUUCAAUCUUUGCAAAAUUAAGUUAAUUCUAAGUAACCUUAUACUUUCAGAAACCAUAGUCAAGAUAAAUCCAAUUCUCUCAUGAUGAAACUUGUCAACGAAUUUGAUAAUUACGUCCCGAAAAUUGUAGAUGAAAGUUUAGCUAAAGCAACAUUAAUUAAAUCUGUAGAAAUGAAGAAUAGAAUAAAAAGGGUAACAGAAUAUACUACAAUGGGACGGAGACCAGUGCAAGGGGAAUUUAUGCUGUUCGCUUACGAAUCGUUUAAUAAUACCAAGCACAUUAGCGAUGAAAUAAUACAUCAACUAAAAGCACUGUUACUUGCUUUGGAAAUGAUGCAGAGUUACGCCAUCAUAUGGGACGACUACGACGACGAAUCAAAGUUACGAUUUGGCAAGACGUGCUGGCACUUGGUAGAUGACAACAACACUUUAGCCUUACUCGACGGUUGCAUUAUGAGAAGCUUUACGGAAGAAAUCGCUCGACAAAAUACCAAAGGAAAACAUCGUGAACAAGUUUUGAAGAUAUUGAGCGGUACAUAUUUCACGGGCUCCGUGGGACAACAUAUGGACACAGUGGUGCAGCGAUCCAAAAACUACGAUAACUUUACAAUCGAGCAGUACAAUUUAAUUAACACAUAUAAAUCUGCCAUUUAUUCUGUGAAAACACCUAUUCUGAUGGCUUUAGCUCUUAGUAACAAAUUGAAUAGAAAAUCCUUCGAGAUUGUAGACGAUGUAUGCACGGAUAUCGGAACAAUGGUUCAAAUACAUAACGACUUGCUUAAUUACUUUGAUACGAAAGGAAUGACAGAAGGUAAAACUGGAACAGAUAUUCAGGAAGGCAAGUGUUCAUGGGUGGCCGUCACUGUACUAAGGCACUGCACGCCGGGGCAGCGACGCAUCUUCAUAGACAACUAUGGCAGUUGGGACCCUGAGAAAUUCAGCCGUAUACUACAAUUGUACGAAAGUAUGGAUCUGGUAAAACUAUACAAGCAAGAAGAGGAAUCACGUUUUAAUACCUUCUUUAAAAAAAUUAACGAUUUACCCAAAGAUGCUACACCUUCUAGUGACUUUUUCCAAAGAUUUCACAAAUUAUUGUGUAAAUAUACCCAAAAUAUAUCAGGCUAUAUGUAUGACAAACAUUUAAAAUUAAAGAGCUCUAGAAUGUUCGUUUUGAAUUUAAUAGCGCACGAACAAACUAACCCUGAUCCCUAG